AUUGUCCAAUGAAAACUACCGACGCCAGAAACCGGGACAGGGCCGGGGUGGAGGAGACGAUGGAGAAUUUCUCGGCGCUGUUCGGAGCUCAGGCUGACCCACCACCGCCCCCAACCGCACUCGGCUUCGGACCAGGGAAGCCACCACCUCCGCCUCCCCCUCCUCCGGGCGGGGGCCCCGGCACGGCCGCGCAGCCAACCUCGGCCACGGCCCCGCCCGGCGCCGACAAGUCAGCGGCUGGUUGUGGUCCCUUCUACCUAAUGCGGGAGCUGCCAGGUAGCACUGAGCUGACAGGCAGCACCAAUCUGAUCACACACUACAACCUGGAACAUUCCUAUAAUAAAUUCUGUGGGAAGAAGGUGAAGGAGAAGCUAAGUAACUUCCUGCCUGACCUGCCAGGGAUGAUUGAUCUGCCCGGUUCCCAUGAUAACAGCAGCCUCCGCUCCCUCAUUGAGAAGCCCCCUAUUCUUGGUGGCUCUUUUAAUCCUAUCACAGGGACCAUGCUGGCUGGCUUUCGCCUCCACACUGGCCCGUUGCCAGAGCAGUGUCGUCUGAUGCAUAUUCAGCCUCCCAAGAAGAAGAAUAAACACAAGCACAAACAGAGCCGUACCCAGGAUCCUGUCCCCCCAGAAACGCCAUCUGAUUCUGAUCACAAGAAGAAGAAAAAGAAAAAAGAGGAGGAUCCUGAACGGAAGAGGAAGAAGAAAGAGAAGAAGAAAAAGAAGAACCGACACAGCCCAGACCACCCAGGCGUGGGCAGCUCUCAGGCCAGCAGCAGCAGCAGCCUCCGCUAACAGGGCUCUACCAGAAUGGGUUUUCCUGCCUGACAAAAGCUGCCUUCCAGGCUCGGACACUGCCUUGGGAGCAUCCCCUGCAACCGGGACAGAAGCCAGCUCCUGCUGUGCUUGACUGAGAUUAACGCAUUAUAUGACAGAAGGGCCAUGCUUUUGUUAAGGCUCAGCCCGGUUGGCUUUCUCACGGACCUCUCUUCCUCUCCCAGGAAGCUUUCUUUUCAUCUCUUUUGUGCAAUUGGUCUGAUUUAGGACAUUGUCUCAUUUGUUAGGGUUUUUCUUUUUUUUGAAAAAAAAUUUACAUUUAUCAAACUGGGUGAACUGUGGCUGCCUAUUAAGAGGUAAGUGCCUUUCUGUGUGAGUCAGGGUUUAAGCCAAGGCAUUCAAAGAUCAGAGCGAAUUUGGGUCUUAUCAUUAUGUUAUCUCAUUAGCAGGCAGGGAAACCACCAGAGUAAGAUCUGGGAGCAUGGUCACAAGUGAGGCAGAGCUUGCUAAUACCUGUCCACAGCAGACACACAUAACACUCUGCCCACAGUGUUGAGAACCAAGCACCUGGAUGAGGAGGCUCCAACUGAAGAGUUAAUCCAGUUAAGUCUCAACUGUCUUCUGAGUCAAUCUUGCAUUGAAACAGAGUUGCCAACUGAAAAAGCACCCACAGUCACCAGUGUAGUUCAACAAGGUUAAUUCCUGGUCAAGCCUCUGAUUUUUUUUUUUUUUUUUUUUAAAUAAACCUCUGGCAAGCAAAGGUAAAUGUUCUUCUCGUCUUCAUAGGAGUCUCUGAACUGCCUCAUUCCUUAAUUAAGACAAUUAAAUUAUUUGGCUGAUUCGAAAACAUUUCUAAGCUAAGAUAGCAACAAAAAGGCAGCCUAAACCAGCAAAAUGUAAUAGAAAACCCAAGCUAAUAUAAUCUGACUUUAAAUAAACUUGACACAGAAGAGUUAAAAUCUGUUGCCAUGAGCCAGGGUUGUUACUUAGAUCAGUAGGUGGAAAACCACUCGUUCAGCGAGUUUUAAUCUAGGAUAUCAGAGCAAGAGCGUAUAUACUUAAGUCAUGGACAGCGAAAAUAAUGGGUUCUGGUCAAUUGCUGGAGAUUUAGUAUCUGAGGAGGCCUAUUUAAAACUAGGGCACAGCCUUUUUGCUUCUGACAAACAGAAGAGACAAAGUGAGAUACCAAAUUAAAGUGCCAGCCAUAUCCAUCCAGUCAGUCCGCCUCUAACAGGCUUUUUCAUCCCUCGAUCAUCCACUGUCUCACCUUUGGCUACAUCCAAAAAGGGCUUUACUUUCCAGAGACAAAAUUCUGUAUUAAAGAACUGUGGCAGUCAAGAUUCUCUAAGCUUUGAAAUGACCAGGAGUUUUGACGGUCACAAAAGACUUUUCAGGAAUUUUUAAAUUAAAUCACCAAAAUAAAAACAGGACCUGUCCUGUAA